AAGGCGCAUUGAUUAGUUUGGUUUUUGAUUUGAGUUUUGCUAGCGUAAAUCGGGGGCUACGAAAUUCGCUGCGCUAUCUCCGGGCACGUCGCCGAGCAACCGUGAACGUUCUGCGAAAGACAAACGCCUUCGGAUGGCGAUCAAUCAAAACACGACCGAUUCGUCGUCGUUCCAAGCUGCUGGAAGCAGCGGGGCCAACGAUUCCGUGGCUUCGUUGUGGAAGUUGUUGGAUCAUAUACUGAAAAAUGUUAACAAUGACAAUGCAAACAUCCCGUACCAGACGAUUUGUGACUGGAUUGUGGUGCUCUUUGCGGGCGAUCAGCCGAUCAAGGCGUGCGAAAUCAAAAGCGCUCGGAAGUUGGCGGAACAAAUCAUGAAACAGUUCCAGGAGCUGAUCGAGCGGAAACCCUACCGUGACCUGGUAAAGGAUUGUCUCGAAAAGCUGUAUGAUGGCGACGCGCUGACGGUGAAGAAACUACCGUCCCCGUACACUACGAUCAUGCUGGCCUUAAUGGAUCCCAAGCAGGGUGUCGCUUGGUUGCUGUCGAAAAACAUGACCGACGAACAUAUCAGGAAAAUUCUCAGUGUUUUCAUGGAGUGGCUGUGCACAAUGAACUUCGCCCCGAAUCUGAACGAAUGGGUCGUUCAAAUGGUAGAGGGUUUGGUGGCGAUGGGCAAAUCGGACUGUGUUUUUGGCGUAUGCAAGGAAAAGCUGAACCACUACAAGGACCUGUCGCGUUUUUCAUACUAUCAGAAGCAGCUUGGUCCAGUCAUCAGAUGCUUGGAACCGUACGGAAAUGCGAUGCAAUCGGAGAGUGGUCGAUUACGGCACGUCUACUCGGAGUCCUACGAAAGUGCACUGAAUUCCGAUGCUUCCUUGAUGCGUCCGAAUAAUGCUCGCGUCGGUUUGGUCAAUUUGGGUAACACGUGCUACAUGAACAGCGUGGUACAAGCUCUGGCUAUGACGAAGCAGUUUUGCACGGAAAUUCUAUUGAAGCAGAUCGAUGCGCCUCCGUUUUCCGAAGUUCAGCAACUGCUCGCUCUACUGAUUCAUUCCCGACGACCCGAGCUUACACCGCGAGCAGUUCUCGCUUCAACGCGGCCACCCGGCUUUGCGCCUGGUUACCAGCAAGAUUCAUCGGAGUUUCUCAGCUAUCUGCUGGACCGGCUGCACGAACAGGAGAAAAAGUUGCUACACGGUGGCGGUAAUGUCGCAUCCGGGACCGUGGACGCCGGAACCAAAACGUUGGUACAGAAAACGUUCGAAGGGCGGCUGUCGGUUGGGUGUCGGUGCACUGUUUGCAACAGUACCAACCACACGAUCGAAGCAUUUCGAUCGCUCGAUCUCGCCUUUCCGGACGACAGUUCGCUGACGGCAACGGGUGACGGUACACAUUCCGUACAGAAACUGCUCGAUUUUUACUGUUCGUCCGAGAAACUAGUUGGUGAAAACCAGUACUUUUGCGAUCGCUGCCACCAGCUACGCGAUUGCGAUCGUUCCGUAACGGUGACGGUGCCGCCCCAGAAUCUGAUACUUACGAUCAAACACUUCCGGUACGAUCAGAAUCGUCAGCUGCGCGCCAAGCUGAUGAAUAAGAUACUGCACAACGAGAACAUUUCGCUCGUCAUAACGGACGGCAAUGGACAUCGACGGCAGCUGCACUAUCGCAACUACGCCGUCGUCGUCCACUGCGGUACGAGCAUGGACGCGGGACAUUACUACACCUACGCGCAGGACGGUGCAGGCACGUGGUGCAAGUUCAACGACAACUACGUAACCGAGUGCUCGACGAGCGAGAUGCAGAACAUACCGAACCCGAACACACCCUACAUUCUUUUCUAUCAGCUAGUGGUUGACAACGGUAACUCCUCACAGCCGCAGACAUCGGCCGCGGGAGAUACCGGCCUCGAUGCCGGCAGUGGCGUGUAUGAAAACUUUCCCGCCCUAGACGAGCUGCCCGUCCGGCUUCAGGAGUUUGUCCGUGACGAUAAUCUUUCGUACCAUCGCGAGGAGCAGGAGCAGCGCAACAAAAAGGCUUCCAAAAUGCCGCUCCUGUUGCUCGGCAAUGGUGGUAACAAUCGGCGACAGUCGGAUGACUACGACGAUCAACCGCCAAGCUCGUGUGGUAGCAACUGGAUGCCGUCAUCAAACAAAUUCAUCUAUUAAUCCACACUCCUGCCAAGGUGUGAUGUUUCCUUGAUUUCCUUUUUCGUUUGGCAAUCUGCUACCGUAGCAUAACACUCGACAGUGGCGGCGCGUACUAAGUUGUUAAAAUUAUUAAACUGCGACAAAAUAUUUCAAUCUCCACAGCGACUCGUUUUCACUUGC